AUGGCUUUCAAAUUUGUUGCCUUGUGUGCCCUUUUUGCUGUGGCUAAUGCCGGUUAUGCUCCCGUCACCACUUACGCUGCUGCUGCUCCUGUAGUCACCAAAGUGGUUAAUCCCUCAGUGGAUGCUGUUGCUUCGACCCAACAAAAUGUUGUGCGUUCUUUCGGUGGCACCGUAUCGCACUAUUCCAAAUCUGUGCAAACUCCCUACUCCAGUGUCCACAAGGAGGAUACACGCAUCAACAAUAAUGUCUACACUCCAGCUGUGGCCAAGACUGUCACCUAUGCUGCUCCUGCUGUUGCCAAGACUGUGACUUAUGCUGCUCCAGCUGUUGCCAAGACUGUCUACUCGCAUGAAGCUCCUGCUGUCUACUCUCACGCUGCCCCAGCUGUCUACUCUCAUGCUGCCCCAGCUGUCUAUGCCGCCCCUGCUGUGGCCAAGACUGUCUAUUCACAUGAAGCUCCUGCUGUCUAUUCCCAUGCUGCUCCCGCUGUCUACUCUCAUGCUGCUCCAGCUGUCUAUGCUGCCCCUGCUGUUGCUAAGACUGUCAGUUAUGCCGCUCCUGCUGCCACCACCACCUACAACCAUGGUCCCGAUGCCACCACCUACUCUCACAAUGCUCCUGGUGUUACCGGCUAUGGUAGCAGCCAAACUGUCCACUACUCACCAGCCAACAUGGUCUCUCACAUGAGCUUCGAUGGUUUCGGUACCCACUGGGGAUUCUAA